AAACAUUGGGAACUAGCUGGAACUCAUAUUGGUAAUAUCAUGGGAGUACGUGAUAGACAUAAAGAUGAUAGAGAAGAUCCAGGACAAGAAACUGAUUUUAAAGCUGGUCAAAAAUAUGCUCGUCAUAUACGAAAUGAUGAAGUUACUGGAGAAGCUAAAUACAGAUCUAUUCAAUAUCAAAGAAGAAGUCUUCCAGUAUUUGCAGUACGACAAGAAUUGUUAAAUGUAAUUAGAGAAAAUAGUGUGGUAGUUAUUGUUGGAGAAACUGGUAGUGGAAAAACUACACAAUUAACUCAAUAUCUUCAUGAAGAUGGUUAUAGUCAUUAUGGUAUAAUUGGAUGUACACAACCUCGAAGAGUAGCUGCUAUGUCUGUGGCAAAAAGAGUUUCUGAUGAAAUGGCUACUACUUUAGGAGAUAAAGUUGGUUAUGCUAUUCGUUUCGAAGAUUGUACUUCAAAAGAUACUGUUAUUAAAUAUAUGACUGAUGGUAUUUUAUUAAGAGAAAGUUUAAGAGAAGGGGAUUUAGAUCGGUAUAGUGUAAUCAUUAUGGAUGAAGCUCAUGAAAGAUCUUUAUCCACUGAUGUUUUAUUUGGUUUACUAAGAGAGGUUGUAGCUCGACGGCAUGAUUUGAAAUUGAUUGUAACAUCUGCUACAAUGGAUUCUAGCAAAUUUUCAGCAUUUUUUGGAAAUGCUGCAACAUUCCAAAUUCCAGGUCGUACAUUUCCAGUUGAAGUAUUACAUGCAAAAAAUCCAGUAGAAGAUUAUGUCGAUGCUGCAGUAAAACAGGUGUUACAAAUUCAUUUACAACCUCGAUCCGGCGAUGUAUUAGUAUUUAUGCCCGGUCAAGAAGAUAUUGAAGUUACCUGUGAAGCUUUAAAAGAACGUUUAGCAGAAAUCGAAUCAGCUCCUCCACUUUCUAUUUUACCCAUUUAUUCACAAUUGCCUUCAGAUUUACAAGCUAAAAUUUUUCAACGUUCAGAAGGAGGUUUACGGAAAUGUGUCGUAGCAACAAAUAUAGCCGAAACUUCUUUAACUGUUGAUGGAAUUGUAUUUGUUGUCGACUCAGGAUAUUGCAAGUUGAAAGUUUAUAAUCCACGAAUUGGUAUGGAUGCUUUACAAGUAUAUCCUGUAUCUAGAGCUAAUGCUGAUCAAAGAGCAGGAAGAGCAGGACGUACUGGUCCUGGUACCUGUUAUAGACUAUACACACGAAGACAAUAUUUAGAUGAAUUAUUAUUAACUGGUGUUCCGGAAAUACAACGAACCAAUUUAGCAAAUACUGUAUUAUUAUUGAAGUCUUUAGGUGUCCAGGAUUUAUUGGCCUUUCAUUUUAUGGAUCCACCACCACAAGAUAAUAUAUUAAAUUCUCUAUAUCAAUUAUGGAUUUUGGGUGCAUUAGAUCAUACAGGACGUUUAACGCCUUUAGGACGACAAAUGGCGGAGUUUCCACUAGAUCCACCUCAAUGUCAAAUGCUCAUAGUUGCUUCUCAACUUGGUUGUACUGCAGAUAUACUUAUUAUAGUUUCUAUGUUAUCAGUGCCUUCGAUAUUUUAUCGACCAAAAGGUCGCGAAGAAGAUUCCGAUUCAGCUAGAGAAAAAUUUCAAGUACCAGAAUCUGAUCAUUUAACAUAUCUCAAUGUAUACAAUCAAUGGAAAGCAAAUGGUUAUUCCAGUUCUUGGUGUAAUGAUCAUUUUAUCCAUGCAAAAGCUAUGCGUAAAGUCAGAGAAGUUAGGCAACAACUUGAAGAAAUUUUAAAACAACAAAAAAUGGAAGUUGUAAGUUGUGGUACCGAUUGGGAUAUUGUGCGAAAAUGUAUUUGUUCAGCAUAUUUUCAUCAAGCAGCCCGUUUAAAAGGUAUUGGUGAAUAUGUAAAUUGUCGUACUGGAAUGCCAUGCCAUUUACAUCCAACAUCGGCUUUGUUCGGUAUGGGCUUCACACCAGAUUAUGUAGUGUAUCAUGAACUUGUAAUGACUGCUAAGGAAUAUAUGCAAUGCGUAACUGCUGUUGAUGGUCACUGGUUGGCAGAAUUAGGUCCUAUGUUCUUUAGCGUUAAAGCUGGACGAAGUGGACGAGCAAAAAGACGACAAGCUAUGCAACAUUUACAUGAAAUGGAAGGACAAAUGAAAGAAGCAGAAGAAGAAAUGAAAGCUCGAGCGCAAGAACAACUUGAACGUGAACAAGCUUCUAUCAGAAAAAAAGAGAUAUUAACACCAGGUAUUAGAGAACCAGGAACACCUGCUCCUUAUCGAAAAACUCCAAGUAGAUUGGGAUUAUAAUUUUUCAAAUUAUAUAUUUUUAUUAUUAAAUAAUAAAAAUUAGAAGAAUGUAUUGUGAGUUAUAAGAUUAAUGAUAAAUAUAUCUGUAUUUGUAAUUUUAAAUAUGUAUCAUUAAACAUGUAUAUAUAUUUUAUAUGUAAAUAUACAUUUCUAAUAAAAAUUAAUAUACAAUU